UACGGGCACCUGGCAACACAGAGCGUCCUCAGUGACUGUCAAUUAUGGUGUGAAAGUGUCAAUAGAGUCAUGGAUCAUCAGUGUAAUCCUUGUCAAUGACGAACGUUGAAAAAAUGGAGGCGAACGGAGACCUCGCCGAACACACCCAAAUGUCUCUGUCACGUGAGACUCUUGAGGAAACAGAGACAAAUGGCGAUACGAACAUGGAAGAAAACCCACCUGAAGAACAGGAAGUAAACGUGGAAGAAACAGAAAAGGAAAUUGACUGGGAAGUCGUGAGACAUAUAGAAGGAAAGAGAGUAACAGUUGAUCUGCGUGAACAUCGUUUGAAAGAAUUUCCUCAAAAUAUCUUAAACAUGGAAAAUGUCACAUCUCUCUGUCUAGCAAAUAACAAAUUAACAGAGAUCCCAAAAGACAUUGCCGAUUUAUGCAACCUAGAAGAAUUGGUCCUGUCUCACAACAAAUUAACAGAAAUUACCCGAGGGAUCUAUCUUCUACAAGAAUUGAAAUUUCUUGAUGUUUCUAAUAACGAAAUCUCUGAGAUCUCUUCCGAGAUUUCAGGGCUUGAACAUCUGCGAGAGUUAGUGAUCAGUGAUAAUAGACUAACCACAGUGCCUCCGCAAAUUAGGGACCUGUCAGAACUCACGCAUCUUAUUCUAAAUGAUAACCAAAUUACCAGCCUACCCAACUCCAUAGGAGAACUGACUACUUUACAAGUUCUUGGUUUGGAGAGAAACGCCUUAGAAUGUCUGAACCCCGAAGUUUGCGCAAUAGAAAAUCUCAAACGAUUAGGUCUAGCAGGGAACUCCAUGAGGAAUUUACCGCGAGAAAUCGAAAAUUUCUGCUGUAUGGAGGAGUUGUUACUAGACGACAACGAAUUCGAGUUUAUUCCCGUUCAGGUGUUUUGGAUGGAAACUUUGCAGAUGCUAACGCUAUCAGGAAAUCGUCUUACAUCAAUUCAACCCGACAUCGGAAGACUGACUCAACUGAAUGUUAUAGGCCUUAACAAUAACUUAAUAGAGGAGAUCCCGGAUGAGUUUUUUCAGUUAGAAGCACUGGAAGUCGUAGGUUUGGAAAACAACAAAAUAAAAGUGAUUCCCGACAAUAUUGCAAAUUUGUAUGAACUACGAGAACUCUAUCUUGGACGAAACAUGAUUGAACGUGUCCCAGAAAACCUUUGUUGGUGCUCAAAUUUAGAAGUGCUCAGCCUGUUAAAUAACAAUAUUUCAGAGCUUCCCGUUGAAAUUGAAAAUCUUCGACGUGUUCACACUCUAAUUCUGUCAAAUAACAAAUUUGAGAGUCUACCAGAAGCCAUUGGAUCGAUUCGUGAUUUGGAAAUAUUUUCCACUGAUGGAAACAAACUGUCAUCCAUCCCAGUUGACGUGGGCGAUCUAAAAAGGCUUCGACAAGUUAAUUUGAGCUGUAACAAAUUUGCAAUUUUCCCUCUUCCAAUUUGUAAUUUGAAAACUCUUGAAAGUUUGAAUCUGAGCAAGAAUGAAAUCGAAUCAAUUCCGGCAGAAAUUUCCAACCUCGACAGACUUUCCACUCUUCAUCUUAGCAACAAUAGAAUCAACAUUUUUGCCCCCGAACUUUGUAGUCUUGUCCAAUUACGUGUUUUAGAUUUUUCAAACAAUAUUAUUGAAGAUAUCCCAGAGGCCAUUUCUCAGAUGGAAAACCUGUUGGAUUUAGAUCUUUCACAAAACCGCUUUCUUGAAUUUCCAAGGACAGUGGUUGGAAUUCCAAUUUUGGAGCGUCUGAAAUUCGACCAAGCUGAAGGACACCCGGUACCCGCACUGCCGGAGGAAAUUGAGUUUUCCAAUGUUUCUUAUUUAAUUGUGUCAAAUAAUACCCUCCGAACACUUCCAUCAGGAAUGAGUCACAUGAAAAACCUUAUAUCCCUGGUGGCCGACCACAAUGAAAUCAGAGAAUUGCCAGAUUCUUUCUGUCGAUUGAAAAGACUUCAGGUUUUACAUCUCAACGACAAUAAACUUUCUUCUCUUCCCGAAAACCUCGAUAAUCUGAGAAAUCUGAAGGAUCUGCGAUUGCACAAUAAUCCACUUCGAACGCCACCGAUGGACGUUUGUGUGAGCGGUGUUGUGCAGCCCAUUGGUCGCUUCAUUCGGAGGGCAGUGGAAAGAGAAGACAUUCUGAUGAACAAAAUGUUUGAAGUUAUGAAAACUUCUCUGACAAAACAAGAACUGCGGUAUCUUUUGAAAAAGUUUAGAUUUCCAGAAGAGAAGAUUUCCGAGCUGGAACAAACUUAUCACGGCAAGGACAAACUGCAAGAUCGCAUCUACAACGCAAUGCUGUUUUGGCGGGAAUUUAAGGGACCAAUGGCAACUAUAGACGAACUACUACGCGUUCUUCAUUUGGUUGGCUACGAUCCACUUUAUGAGAAGCUAAAUGCUAUGAAAAUAUAUGCACAACGACCGCGUUUUUGAUAGGAAAAACGGGUAAUUAGUAAACCAAUAAUAAAUGGACGCAAACGUUUCAUAUUCUUUGUCAAAUCAUUCAUCACAAACACUAGCCAAACAGUAGCAAUAUGAACAAAAUGGAGAUAUUUGAUCGCACCUGCACUUUUAAGAAUUUGUAGCUUUAUAUAGAACUGUUACUUGUUUUGUUGACGACUUGUUCCCCUUUUCAUAUACUUAUUCAGGUUUUUAAAAAAAAUGUUAUUAAGCCUUGUUUUCAU